AUGGACCACAGAUACGACAUCGCGCGGAGGGCAGCGGGCGGCUCUGGAAGCUCGUCCCCGGGGGCAGGAGCCCAGUCCCGCCGCAGGAAGGUGCCCCCCAGACCCGCCGACUUCAAACUGCAGAUCAUCAUCAUCGGGGCCCGGGGAGUCGGUAAAACCAGCCUCAUGGAGCGAUUCACCGACGACACGUUCUGUGAAGCCUGCAAGUCCACUGUGGGAGUGGACUUCAAAAUCAAGACUGUGGAACUGAGAGGGAAGAAGAUCCGGCUGCAGAUCUGGUGA